AACUAUGCCUCACUGAUGGACAUGAAUUCCUUCAGCACUAUGAUGCCAACAUCCCCUUUAUCAAUGACAAACCAAAUCAAGUUUGAAGAUGAACGAGAUUUAAAGGAACUCUUCAUUACAGUUGAUAAAACUGAAAGUUAUGUUACUACAAUAGAAACUUUCAUUAUGUAUAGGAUUAUUACUAAGUCAUCUUGUGGAGAAUUUGACUCCAGUGAAUUUGCAGUUAGGAGACAGUAUCAAGGUUUCCUUUGGUUGAAGGGAAAACUUGAAGAAGCACACCCCACUCUGAUUAUUCCACCAUUUCCAGAAAAAUUUAUAGUAAAAGGAAUGGUGGAACACUUUAAUGAUGACUUCAUUGAGACACGCAGGAAGGCUUUACAUAAAUUUUUGAGCCGAACUGCUGAUCAUCCAACUUUAACAUUUAAUGAGGUCUUCAAAAUUUUUCUCACUGCACAACUCUCUUCUCACAAGAAGCAGGAUCCUGGAUUGCUAAGCAGGAUGGGGCCAACAGUCAGAACUGUUGCAUCCUCAAUGAGAGGAAUUAAAAACCACCAAGAAGAGUUCAUGGAAAUGAAUAACUUUACUGAAAUUUUUAGCCAGAAAACAAAUUUGAUAGAUAAAAUAUCUUGGAGAAUUUUCAAGGAAGAAAGGGAAUAUUUUGAUGAAAUGAAAGAAUAUGGUCCAAUGCAUAUUCUGUGGUUAGUGUCAGAAGAGGAUCUGGUUGAUACUCUAAAAGAUGUUGACAGCUGCAUUGACAGAUGCUGUAAGGCCACUGAAAAAUGGAUGUUUGGACUCUCAGAGGCCCUGCUUCCUGUUGUACAUGAGUACGUGCUUUAUAGUGAAAUGUUAAUGGGUGUUAUGAAAAGAAGAGACCAAAUACAAGCAGAACUGGUUUCCAAAGUUGAAGCUUUGACCUAUAAAAAGGCAGAUAGUGAUCUGCUUACAGAGGAGAUUGGAAAACUUGAAGAUAAAGUAGAAUAUGCUAAUAAUGCCCUGAAAGCAGAAUGGGAAAGAUGGCAACAAAAUAUACAAAAUGAUAUCAAGUUAGCAUUUACAGAUAUGACUGAGGAGAGUAUCCAAUAUUAUGAACAGUGCCUUGCUACAUGGGAACCAUUCCUUAUCACCAACCUCCACUUGGAAGAAGCCUCUGAAGAUAAACCUUAAUCCCACUGAGGACUUCUGUUUAAUCUUUGGGAGACAACAUUUAUCAACCAAAGUUAUUCUUUCUGGAUCUGCCAUGUCCUUUAUAAAGUGGAUGAAAAA